UUUAAAUUACAGGUUAUCAAAGUUGACUCGUUCCUCUAGCACGUUCGUGAGAGUCUCUCUCUCUGUUUUUUUUUAAUUUCAUCUUGAAGAUGAAAACACAUUCGAAAAACUGCUUGGUGUGGUGCUUCUUCAUAGUAUGAAACAAGGAGAACAAUGAAUUGGCUCAGGAUUUCCUCGCGAGCAAAUUGCCAGUGAACCGUUUGUUUAGUGGGAUCCACCAAUGAGAUGGUAAAUGAUAACUGUAAGAAAUUGUAGAUGGAUCUAGGCUUCUUAUUAUUUCCAGAUACUAACCUCAACACGGGGAGUGAUAUUAUAUUAGAACAAAAGAAGGCCUCUUCAUUAUUGACAAUGGAAGGAGGGCCAGCUCAAUAAUGUUCGCCAAUCAAGUCCGAUCUACAAAUCAGGGCAAAAAGUCUAACAGAAACAUCACUGCUACACUCGUAUCCGGUCAGAUUUUCUCUCCAUAAGUUGUCGUUGAGAAUGAAGAAGAUAGUUGUGACCGGCGCAUCCGGUUUCAUAGGCGGGGUACUGUGCCACGCCCUCCUUAAACAGGGCCACUCCGUCCGGGCCUUAGUCCGCCGAACCAGCGACUUGUCCGGCCUUCCUUCUCCCUCUUCGGGGGAGAACUUUGAACUCGCCUAUGGUGACGUUACCGACUAUCGGUCACUCCUGGAUGCCUUCUUCUGCUGCGACGUGAUCUUCCAUGCUGCCGCCGCUGUUGAGCCCUGGCUUCCAGAUCCUUCUAAAUUCUUCUCCGUGAACGUAGGAGGAUUAAAGAAUGUGGUGCAAGCAGCUAAAGAGACAAAAACGAUAGAGAAGGUUAUAUACACUUCUUCAAUGGUGGCCCUUGGAUCAACUGAUGGAUAUGUUGCUGAUGAGAGCCAAGUACAUCACGAGAAGUAUUUCUAUACACAGUAUGAGAGAUCAAAGGUAGUAGCUGACAAGGUUGCUUCACAAGCAGCAGCAGAAGGAUUGCCAAUUGUGACCCUUUAUCCUGGAGUUGUUUAUGGUCCAGGGAAACUCACAACUGGGAACGCUGUGGCUAAAAUAUUGAUUGAUCGAUUCACUGGACGUUUACCGGGAUAUAUAGGGCGUGGAAAUGAUAAGUUUUCCUUUUGUCACGUUGAUGAUGUAGUUGGAGGUCAUAUUGCAGCAAUGGAAAAAGGUCGACUGGGUGAAAGAUAUCUACUCACAGGAGAAAAUGCAUCGUUCUCACAUGUGCUUGAUAUAGCCGCUAUCAUCACUAGAACAGAAAAGCCAAGGUUUAGCAUUCCUUUAUGGGUAAUUGAAGCUUACGGAUGGCUGUCGAUUCUUAUUUUUCACUUUACAGGAAAACUUCCACGUUUAUGUCCGCCGAGUGUGCAUGUUCUGCGACACCAGUGGGCAUUUUCUUGCGAGAAAGCCAGAAAAGAGCUGGAUUACAAUCCCCGAAGCUUGAAAGAAGGACUAGAUGAGUUGCUACUGUGGUUGAAGAGCUUAGGGGCGAUAACAUACUGAGUUGGGUUGCGGCAUUAAGCUGUGUGCCUAUCAUAUUUGUUAGAUUAGUUGUUGUUUAAUAUCAAAUUCCCCGCUUCAUUUUUAAAUCACUUCUUCCAAGCGUAAUUUAAGUUGUGACGAUAAAUCUACUAUCUGUUCAAGAUAGGAUCAGUGCAUUAGAAAUGCAGCUCAAUUACAACAUCCCCUGACGAUUAAA